AUGAAAGCUGUGGUUGCUGAGGGGGAUAUUGAGUUUGUGAGGUUUUUUCUUGGCACAGAACAAGUUAAAGAUCGAAAGAUGGAUUCUGGCGAAAUGGAUCGAGGGCCGUUGGAAAGUCCAAGGGUUCUAGAUGAUGAAGCUUCUCUAGACAGUCAAAGCUGCGAAGAUGAUAGACGGAAUGAACGAAGCCACUCGAUCGCUAAAGAAUACAAAAACCUCGCAGCCCAGAAAGCAGAAUUCAAGAAACUACCAGAGGAUAAUAGAGGAAAGUCCAUGAAUUCGAAGACAAGAGUCGAGCAAUACAAAUUCAACACAGCGAUUAAGGCAUUUAACAAGAGAUUGGAGAAAGCCAGAGAGGCGAGGAAAGUUUUCAAUAAGAAGAGUGAGACGUUGAGGGGAAAAUUGUUGAUGGCUAGAGAGAGGAAAAAGUCUUUUCUUCAAGAUUACAAAUAUAAGCAGACAUGUUUGGCGGAAAGAGAAUUGAGGCUUGAUGCGAAGCUAAGCAUUGUUGAUUCUUAUUGA